GGAGACCGCCUCCUCCUCCGUUUCCACCUCGGCGAGGGGGCGGGAGCUGGCGACGAGACUUCCCGUCUGUACAAAGAUGGCGGCCGCUUCGGGGCUGUCACCGGGGUGCCGAGCCGAGCGCGGCGCCUGAGUCGCGCUGCCGCCGGCCGCAGCCCGCUCGCCUCGGCCGCGUCCCCGCGCGCCCCGGGCCCCCCGCUCAGCCCCCCUGCGCGUCCCUGGCGCCUCUCCGGCCGCCCGGUCCUCGGCCCCGGCGUCAUGUCUUGGGCGGCCCGUCCGCCCUUCCUCCCGCCGCGGCAUGCCGCGGGGCAGUGUGGGCCGGUGGGGGUGAGAAAAGAGAUGCAUUGUGGGGUCGCGUCCCGGUGGCGGCGGCGGCGGCCCUGGCUGGAUCCCGCGGCGGCGGCGGCGGCGGCCGGAGAGCAGCAAAGCCCGGAGCCGGAGCCGGAGCCGGGGGAGGCUGGCCGGGACGGGAUGGGCGACAGCGGGCGGGAUUCCCGAAGCCCAGACAGCUCAUCCCCAAAUCCCCUUUCCCAGGGGAUCCCUCCCUCUUCUCCUCCUGGCCCACCUCUUACCCCUUCAGCACCUCCACCUCCAAUGCCACCCCCUCCACUGGGCUCCCCCUUCCCAGUCAUCAGUUCUUCCAUGGGGUCCCCCGGUCUGCCCCCUCCGGCUCCCCCAGGAUUCUCCGGGCCUGUCAGCAGUCCUCAGAUUAACUCCACGGUGUCGCUCCCUGGGGGUGGGUCUGGCCCCCCUGAAGAUGUGAAGCCACCGGUCUUAGGGGUCCGAGGCCUGCAUUGUCCACCCCCACCAGGCGGCCCUGGGGCUGGCAAACGGCUAUGUGCAAUCUGCGGGGACCGGAGCUCAGGCAAGCACUAUGGAGUUUACAGCUGUGAGGGCUGCAAGGGUUUCUUCAAACGCACCAUCCGGAAGGACCUGACCUACUCCUGCCGUGACAACAAAGACUGCACAGUGGACAAGCGUCAGCGGAACCGCUGUCAGUACUGCCGCUACCAGAAGUGCCUGGCCACCGGCAUGAAGAGGGAGGCGGUCCAGGAGGAGCGGCAGCGGGGGAAAGACAAAGACGGGGAUGGGGACGGGGCCGGGACAGCCCCUGAGGAGAUGCCUGUGGACAGGAUCCUGGAGGCAGAGCUUGCUGUGGAGCAGAAGAGCGACCAAGGCGUUGAGGGCCCUGGGGGAACCGGCGGCAGCGGCAGCAGCCCCAAUGACCCAGUGACUAACAUCUGCCAGGCAGCUGACAAACAGCUGUUCACACUCGUUGAGUGGGCGAAGAGGAUCCCACACUUCUCCUCCCUACCUCUGGAUGACCAGGUCAUAUUGCUACGGGCAGGCUGGAAUGAGCUCCUCAUUGCUUCCUUCUCCCACCGGUCCAUCGAUGUCCGAGAUGGCAUCCUCCUGGCCACAGGUCUUCACGUGCACAGAAACUCAGCCCAUUCCGCAGGCGUGGGAGCCAUCUUUGAUCGGUCCCUCUCCAGGGUGCUGACAGAGCUAGUGUCCAAAAUGCGUGACAUGAGGAUGGACAAGACAGAGCUUGGCUGCCUGCGGGCAAUCAUUCUGUUUAAUCCAGAUGCCAAGGGCCUCUCCAACCCUGGAGAGGUGGAGGUCCUGCGGGAAAAGGUCUAUGCGUCCCUGGAGACCUACUGCAAGCAGAAGUACCCCGAGCAGCAAGGCCGGUUCGCCAAGCUGCUGCUACGUCUUCCUGCCCUGCGCUCCAUCGGCCUCAAGUGUCUGGAGCACCUGUUCUUCUUCAAGCUCAUUGGCGACACCCCCAUUGACACCUUCCUCAUGGAGAUGCUCGAGGCUCCCCACCAGCUGGCCUGAACACAGACCACGCAUGUGCUCCCCAGCGGUGGGGAGCACCGUGGAAGAGGACUUGAUUGAGCCUGCGCAGGGUGGGAGGGGCCAGGGGCUCAGCCAGAGCCGGGGCAGAUGGUGCAGAGGAGGGGACCCCUGCAGCCUGCACGGCAUCUGGCGACCCUUUAGGGCUGGCCUGGUCUCCAAGUCAGAGGGGGCCCAGAUCCCUGUGAUGACUGCACGUCUACCUUCAGUGGCCUUGAGUCUCUGAAUUGGCCGGGGUCGCCCAUGAUGUGGGCCAUCCUGGCUCCCCCAGCACAAAGCACUGGCCCUGGUCCGGGGGCUCCGCUCCCUCCUCAUCCUGCCUCACUCCCUUCUGAAGAGUGGAAUGGAGCUCCCCUAGAAAGGGUGUUGCGGGGCAGGCCCCCCAAGCUGAUGGUCUUGGGGGCAGGGGGAGGGGCAUCCUCCUGUCUCCUGCAGUCAGACCGAGGAAUAAAGGCGGUGGUGAAGGGGCCGGUGGAGAUGGGGACCGACUGCUAUUUUUAAUUUCCUGUGAGGAGAGGCUGGGGGUUAGACUCAAAGAAGUACUGUACAUCCCCAGGUUGGCUCAAAUGCCAGGGCCAGAGUGGUGCGUGGGCAAGGAGGCCCCUCAGGUGGUCUGCCCCUGUGGCUCUCCCGGUGGGUGCUGCCUUCCCCAUCUCACUGGCUCCUGGAAGGGUCUGGGCUGUGAGGGGUGCUGGUUUGGGUGGCCUUUCCUUUUACAGCUGUCCCUGUUCCUCAGCACACAGGCUGGGGACAGAAUUGACAGGGGUGGCCAGCCUUCAGAGAUGGGUGCUGGGCUGCAUGGUUUUGCCCUGGGUCUCUUUUUGGGGGGAGGGCCCCUCCCCCUCUUUCACUCGCACAUAAAAUCGCUUUCCAGUUAAAAUA